AUGCCAACAGGAGAAAAGCUUGAAGUUGUUGAAAAAGUGGUCGAAAAUCCAGAUUCAAUAUCCAUAAAACAUACCAUAGAUACAAAUGUCGAAUUGGACACACAUGUCAUAUCUCCAUUAAAGUAUUUUGAAGCUCGUUCGAGGUUCAAUGAUGAAUCCGAUAGGCACACCACUGUUUUGCUCAUACUCAAUCAGCAAAUCAACAUUCUUCCUGAUCUAUUUGCAAAGCUAUGGAACAACGCCACCCUCAAAGUAUGCGCCGAUGGUGGAUUGAACAGAUUACGAGAUUAUGAUAGUACAUCAUCGGCGUAUAUUCCUGAUUACGUUGUUGGGGAUCUGGAUUCGGCCAAGAAGGAAAACAUUGAACAUUAUCAAUCGCUUGGGACUAAGAAAAUCUUACAAUCUUCCCAAUAUUACACAGAUUUUAUGAAAGCUUUGUCUCUGAUUAAUACUUUUUUCAACUUUCCAGAUAUCAUAUCUGAUAUUAACCACUUAGAUACCGUGGAUGCAUUGGAAAAGCUAGAAGAAGAAAGGUCAGCUGAGUCUGGCACCAAAGUAAAGGCUCUCAAAAUUGUGGUUCUUGGUGGUGUGGGAGGUAGAUUUGACCAAACAAUGGCUACAAUUAAUCAGAUAUGGAAUUUAUCAUCACGGAGGCCACACCUGCAAUUUGUAAUACUCAACCCUGAGCACACAGAAAUUAUUGUGCUAUUAAAACCAGGCUUUAAUUUUGUUGCCUAUCCAAGAUUUACCCCACAAGAAGAAACCGAGGUUUUUGGUAUUAUUACGGAGAAGUCGAGACCAGGCCUACGUAAUGUAGGAGUACUACCAAUAUUGAGCGACGCGGUGAUCACAACUUAUGGCUUGAAGUGGGAUGUUGAGAAUUGGAGGACUGGCUUAACAACAAAAAUGUCCUCUUCAAACCUACAAGUCGGAAAAGAGGGAUUCAUUAUCUGGACCAACAAGCACCUGUUUGUUGAUUUUGAGUUAUGA